CCGUUGCUUGCCAUCCGUUGGUUGGCGGCGCCCAGUGUUUGUGGUGGCCACCCCCGCUCGUCGCAAGUGUCGUGCUCCGUUGUGCAAUUUAAGGCUUCUUCUUUGCAAAGCAGGAAAAGAAACCGUGUGCGACUCGUGCGUGUCUACGACGUUUUAACCCCUUUCGGAGCCCCUUUCGGGGCCAACGUGUGGCAAUUGUGAGUGCAACUGUGUGCGCGACCAACUCAGGUAUCCCAGUGAUCCCCACGAUUCCCAUUGGUGUCCGUAUUUUGGGUGGUGAAAUUGCAUCGAAAAUUGCGAAAACAAACAUCGCGUGUGACGUCUCCUGGCCAGUGCUAUCCUUGCGUGCGACGUGCGAAUUUGUUGCAUAAACACACACACACAAGCCUAUAGAAGAUCAAAACAAAAAUCUGAUCCCGGCCGGCGUUCGUUAGAAAGGCGUCUCCAGAGUAUUAGCUCCUCGCUGGAGUACACAACACAAAAAGACGCUGAUCCGCGACGACCCUUGACCCGAAAACCGACACUUUAGCCAGGCCAGCCGAAUAGCGAGCAGACCAUCCUUUGGGGUUUUCGAAUGAGCUUCAUCUUCGGUCUGUUCGUGCGAUUUCUGACGAAAUUAUCAACGCAACGACUGCACACCCAACGAUCCGAGGAAACUUGAUACCGCUUGGACCCAGCAGCAGCGCGACGAAGGUCCUCGAUUCCAUAAUUACUCUACGGAGUAGCGUCAGAGCGUAUGCAACGAGCAGCUACUGAGAAAGUGAUCCUCAUUUUUCGCAUCAACGCCGUGAGAAGAGCGUCUACUAGCGUGAACUAAUUUUAAUUAAAUUCAGUCCACGUCCACGCGGGACGGGACCGCGCGGGGGAAUAAGAACGCUCUUUGCUCGAAAAUCGGUUUUGUGCAGCGCGACCGGCGAACAUUAAGCUUUCAAUUAGUUGGUGCUAUUUACUGGUAGCUGUUCGCGCUGUCUCCGCGAGUCAAACCGUAGCAACCGUUGCAAUCCUGCGAAUGGUGGUGCCUAACGACGACAGACGAUUUUUGUUCUUCCUCAUCAAGAGUCCUCUGAACGAAAACGCUCAUUAGUGACUUUCACACGAUGGGCCCCAAAUCAGUAUUUUUCGUGCUUUGCCUGUCGAUGGCCGCCCUGGCGGGGCAAGGCAAUCAAGUACAGCAGCGUCAAUCGCCGGCCCGGUCCGCCCUUCGCUACAAGCGAAUGUUUGUCAUGUGUCCGCCGGAUUUCAUUCGCAUCGGCAACGAGUGUUACUUCAUCUCAAAGAAUAAGCUCAACUGGCUGGACGCGUACUUUGAGUGCAAAGACCGCAACGCAAAGCUGGCCGAGCCGAUGAAGUACGAGGAUAAGCAUUUGCGCCGGCAUCUGCAGAAAACCAUGCGAAACGACGACCUCUGGAUUGGCGGUACCUACAACUGGAACCGCCACAAGUGGCAGUGGGGUCACAAUGGGCGCGAGAUGGAGUACCAAUCGUUUAGCCAGAUGGUUCCCGGGAGCAGCCAGGAUUUGAAGUACCAUUGUGCACUGCUACGGUCCGACCUCAAGUUCAGAUGGUCGGCCGAAGAGUGCACAAAGAAAGUAGACUUCAUCUGUCAGCACCGCAUGCCGCUGGUGUCGGAGCAAAGCCGCAACCAGGUGUACCACCGGUGGAACGAGACCUACCCCAACCAGAUGGCUAACGAGAAGAUGGUUUACAUUGUGAACGACCCGAAAAAUCGCACCCGAAAUGAUCCGUCGAAGGUUAGAAUCUACAACAGCAUGAAGCAAGUGUACCGCUUCAAUCCGUCGAUCCAGCAGCGCCCGGGGCACCGUCGCACCACGAAUCGUCAGCGGAAACCGACUAGCCGAGUCGACUUCAUCCCGAACGACGUGUACCGGAAGCAGCAAACUUCGCAGUACGCUCCGGAUGCACCGAAUGAUCUGAAUACAUUCGAUAACGGCGGCGGUCACCGAGUUGGGUAUUCGGCAUCGAGCUUCAACAUUGACAUACAUCCCCGGACCCUGAACCGUAAUUUGGACAACUCGCGCACAAACAUCUACCGCUCGCGCACGGGUAUGGCACACCAGGAGCCGAUGUCGCGUCAUCAGCAUCGCCAUCAGCCGACCCCGUACAACAGCCAGCUCCACAAAGCACCUAUUCGUCGCAUAGACCACGAACCAGCGACACAUUCGCGCAUCCCCGUGCACCACCCACAGCCAACGGUAGCCCCCACAACGACGACGACUACCGCUGCUCCGCGGACCUUCACCGAGACCACGACAAAAAUGGCUCCGCUUACCCGCCAAACUACAAAGGUGCUGAUGACGCCCGAGCAGAAAAAAAGCCACCGGGAAUUGCUGCGUGAACGGCUCCAGAAGCUGACGCCCGAGGAGCAGCAAGUAUUCCUGCAGGACCGUGCCCGACGGAAGCAGCACCGGUUGUUGCUGCUGCAGCAACAAAAGCACGCACGUCCUUCGGACAACGAAGUGACUGUCCCGUAAAGGGGGUCCCCGUCGAGCAGUGCACCAACCAAAACGGUUCCUAGAAGAGGAGUGAUACCACCCGUCACCGGUUUAACCGGCCACUGUUUCGGCUCCGCUUCCUUGCGGGAAGAAAACAGCGGGAGGUUUUCCGUAUCGAGCACACUACUCAACCCGCACACCACGCUACGGAUCGAUAACCACAAACCUCACACACCCGGAAGAAUGUGCUCGAAUACAUAUCGAAAUCUUUUAGCCCAAGAGCGGCGCAUCAGUGAGCGAAUCGCGCAAAACCGCAAGCACAAUAAUAGGUCAACUAAACACCACACUCCACUUUGGUCCACUCCGUCACGUUUCAAUUUGGGUACGCCAAUGCAUAGACCACCUCAAACCGUUUAACUAUUACACUAACGUUCGCUACAAUCCGUUAAAUUGCCACGUGACAACUGCAGGAGAAACACAAAGCAAUGUAACCGAAUACAAACGAUAGGAAAACCAUCUCUUCAGUAACUAACAUUAGCACUUUAAGCGAAUAUAAGCUACCUUAAUAAAACUUAAAGAGAUAAAAAAAGGAAACAAAUUGAAUCGAACACGCGUACACACUCGAGACGCUAUCAUCCUGCGUAAGAUAACUGCUGUGCAAUGUUUUCGCCCAUCGGUCGAGCAGCACAUGUUUGAAAACGUUAAGUAAAACAUUUUGACCAAUAACGUGAGCCAAAAGUGGACACAUAAGAACAAGCAACACCCAAACGGGAAGAGACGAGUGAUAAAACGUUCGAUUGGGAAUUGAUUGAUUGGAGGCAAAUAGGCAGUUCAUUACAUUUUUACCACGCAGAACGCAGAUACUAACAGCUAGAGCAAUCAUGUAAGCAAAACAAAAAAAGUAACAAAUGAAAGCAGUUUUCCUCUCUUAAGGAUAAUGUAUGUAGCGUUCUACUUCUUCGCGGAGGACAACGGAACAAACUACAAUUACGACGAAGGCGCAGCAGCAAGUUAAAUAUUAAAAUAAACUUGAGCGAACAUCAUGCAAUGGUAAGGGAACAAUGGUAGCUAGUCGGAAGGGCAACGGUCCUGUCCAGGAAUGAGCUGUGGAAAGUCAAGAAUCGUCGUUGAUUAUGAUUAACAUUAGCAUGUAGCUCCUAUUGCCAUACUACUGCGCCGGAAUGGUCGAACCGGAAGCUGCGUGACGGUGUCACAGCAGCGGUGCAACAGCAGUAGCGGUUUCCGUCUGAGAAGAUUAAUACCAAAAGCAACAAACUAUACCUAUUUGUAAUGUAAGGCAAUCGGCGUAACCUGUCGAAGUCAGAAGCACAAAAAUUGGCACCGUUCUCCAGCGGGGAGAGGCAGCAGAACGAUUCGCUACCCAAUAAAAACCAAACAAACCAUCGGAGCUGGUUCAUAGCGAAAAGCGCUCGCGACACCUGUAACACCGGGGCACGGUGCAGAGCAAUCAGAGUUCGUACAACGAUUCGAAACGGAAAGUAUUUUAGUAGCCGCAGUAAACGGAAGCGAGAUGAAACGCAAUCCCCGUAGUCGUAGUGAUCCGAUUCAUUCUGACUCCCACUUAAGCCUGCUCCGUGGACGGCAGGGAACAAUGGAACCGGGGAGGGGAACAUUGCAUUGUUUUUCUUGCAAAGAGAGCGUACUAUUUGAAAUAAAGUAUUACUUGAGCGAGGUG